AUGUAUCGGAUCAAACCCGAGAAAAGGGAAAUGAAGGAAAGGACGGCAUACUUAGUGAACACAUCCCGGUGUCAGAUUGUCAGGUGGCCUACAUUUGAUGAGCAGGUUGUGCCCUUAUAUCGCAACAAAUCAAAUGAGAGAAUUCAUUGUAAAACUGAUGACCACUUUCGGGACGUAACGAUCGAGAGAUACAACUUUACGGGCGUUAGAGUUGUGAACAAAUCGGGAAAACCUAUGAACUGUUCCUAUAGUAUAGUCUCACGAAGAAGUGGAACCGAUGGUUAUCUGGACUAUUCUCGUGGUCAUGGUCUUGUGGCGAUUACAUGUGUUUUAGGAAAAGAAAAAUAUGUAAAGGCUAUACCACUCAUACCGGACCUCAGUAUAAAACCACACAAUGAAAGCCAGAAUUUACCGAAUAUUCUGUUUGUGGGAAUCGACUCAAUAUCUCGACUCAACUUUGACCGACACUUCCCUAAAACCAUACAAUUGCUGGACAGACAUGAUUUUUACACGAUGUACGGCUAUAACAAAGUGGCCGACAAUACCUACCCUAACCUCACGCCACUGCUAACCGGCCAUUACAUCGACGACCUCUGGAAUGAGACAAUGAGUAAAAAAGAUUAUCAUAAUCGCGGCUAUAAUACCCUGCUCAUGGAGGACUGGCCACAAGUGGCGGCAUUUAAUUUUCUCAAAAAGGGUUUCAGUGAACCGCCGACUGAUUACUAUCUGAGACCUUAUAGUCUGGCUAUAGAUAAGAAAGUCAAAAAUAAUUGCUAUUACGAUAGGACUGAGAUUGAGACUUAUUACGACUAUAUCUACGACUUCGUGACAGCAAUGACACGAAGAAACCAGAAAUACUUUGCCUUCACAUUCAUGGCUCGGCUAACCCACGACCACCUGAACAGUGCCGGUCUGGCCGACCUACCGGUGCACCACUUACUCAACAAACUCUUUGACUCCGACCUACUGUCCAACACAAUACUCAUAUUUUUCUCAGACCACGGCAUUAGGUUCGGCACAAUCAGGGAAACCCUAUCGGGGAAACUGGAGGAGCGAAUGCCAUUCAUGCACCUUGGCGCACCGGUAGCCUAUCUGUCAAUGAAAACCGGUUGA